CAUCCGCACCUUUCGGUUUAGGUUCUCUGAAAUUCUUGCCUUCUCAGGUGUUCCAUUGGGAGCAAGCAUGGAAAUCACGUCCCACCUGUCGUUCUACAGAUGUGCAACUUAAUACCUGCGUGAUCGGCUGGCCAGUGGCAACGUGUCCCGUGUUGAGCGGGUAGCGGCACACAGAGAUAUAAGAUGCUGUGAAACUGUAUAAACUGUCCAGGUAGUUUUUCUGCCUUCCGCCGGCCUCCGUCAGUUUCGGACAACAUGCUCCUCGCCUCUUCUGUGCCCAAAGCCAGCUGUCGCGACGAUAUCAGCCUGAAGAAGCAUUCACAUAAGGCCCAACAGAGGUACAUGGAUCCUGAUACUGGACAAUGCACAGAGCUUGUCAUACAAGCUGUGAAACCAGCCUCUGGAACAAACAUACAGCAGGUCAGGAUCACUGAUCAGACUGGGAGGAUCCCCAAGCUUGUUGUCUCGCUCUUCCGCCCGAAGGAUAACAAGCGGAUAGACGUGAUGGUUUUCGUACUGCUUUGGCCGUUUAGAUUCCUCAUCUGCUCCAUUCAUUUGCUCUUCUGGCCGCUCGAUGGUCUACCAAAGGGAGGUAUGGGAGGAGGCAUCGGUGUAACAGAAUAUCCGCCUUAUCUCAUGUAUUAUUGGAGCCAGUUAUGGGCAGCGCGAUCUCAGAAGGAGCACUCUGCCUUCGAGAAGGCUGAGGAGCAUCCCAAGCAAGUGCCUCCCAAAGCUGCUUCAAAUUGUAUCACCCACCUUUUACGUCGUCGCAAGCUCGAAGAUGGCCUCCCCUCGACACCCCCUGUCAUCACUUCUCCUCCGGAGAGCACGGCUCACGGCUUUUACCCUCGUCGACUCGUCAUUGUUCGCGAUGAUGGUCGCUGGGAGGUCUGCGAUGAUCAUGACAAGAUAGCUCGCCAUCGUUAUUUCGCUGUCACCUAUUGCCAGAGCGACAUAUUGGAGCACGGGAAAGAAGAGGAUUUUAUCGCAUCGAUCCAUUCGGUCGCCUCGCAGUGCAAAAUGAAAGCGUAUUGGCUGGAUCUCGAGUGCAUGGGUGACACGGAGGAGGAGAAGCAUCUGGACGUCUAUCAGAUGGCAGACAUUUACCGCGGUGCCGAAUUCACCGCCGUUGCCCUUCCCGAAUCCACCAACGCUCAGAGCGGGGAACCCUGGCGUAACUGGAGUAACCGCGUGUGGACACUACCGGAAAUCUUGUUGAGUAAGGAGUUGCGAUAUAUGGUCGGACCGGAGGGUGAAGUGACGACGGUCACUCUCCGUGAACUCGCUAAUCUUGCCUACGGGCCUGACAGCAAGGAAGCUGCGGUUGUCAACGCUUGCGCUAGCAUGGACCGCCUGUAUCGGUUGGAACAUCUGACCUUCCUGAAGGCCGUGAUUUGGCGUCGAGGCACCUCCUCGCAAGACCCGGAGAAGCCUCCGCCGAGAGCGCAAUCUCGGGCGUCGAAAGGAAUAGACAACCUUUCCUAUGAAGCCGAGAAGGUGUACGCUCUGAUGGCCUUCUUUGAACAUCGAAUCAUGCCUUUCCCUCCUGAAAGCGAUCUACAUGUGCUAGCCCGGCGUUCGAUGAUUAACGAUGAGUACCGUAUAGCAGAACGAAUGCUAUCCAUGUUCCCCCAAGAUAUCCCAUCGACAUCUUGUUGGUAUGCUGACGGUGAUCAGUACAAAGCGCAGUUCUGGGACAUCGAACCAGAGGUUCAGGUUGCUGGAGUAACAGACAGGGAGCCCUGGUUCUCGAUGGCUGCCGGGCUGCAUCCAUCAGAUGGAAGGAUUUUCCAGAGGUCGGUGUUCAGACGACAGGGUGUGGCUCCCGUCAACUGGUCGCCAAAAUAGCUGUAUUCGGUAUUCCAAGCUUGUACGCCUUCGCCGUGCAGUGGAUUCCGUGGCUGUGGAGUAAACUCUCCCGAGAGUCAGGUGAUGUAAGCGUGGACGCUUCGGAAUCGUGCAGUGGGAGCUCGUGCAUGUUCAACAUUUCCCUCAGCCCUGCGGCGGCAAUUCUCGCUGUCGUUCUCUUCGGCUGGGCCACCAUACUUCUCAUCCUCGGCCCGUUCAUGAUCGCCUAUUCGAUUUCUGGACGU